GUUCCACACAUUCAGGAUUUAAUCUCAUUGCAGAGACUACUGAAUGUUUAGAGGAGAGCGUAUAGUAGUGUAUAAAAUGGAAGAACUACAUGAAAGUGUCAUGUCUGAUGACAAAGCAGCAGAGACGGUCCAAGAGAAGGAAAACAACUCUGGGGUGACUAUGGACCAGCCUCAAACACCUGCCUCUGGUUGUGAACCUACAGCCGGAGCAGAAAAUGAGAACCAGCUCCAGGUGUUUGUCACUGUGCUGACAGUGAGAGUGUUAAACAAGUGUAACGCUGUCACAAACCACAACCAGGAGGAGUGGGUCGCCCACAUCAAGAGACUGGUAAACCAGACGAUGGAGGGACUCACCGUCACUGAAGGCUUCUGCCCGGACAUCAAGAGCACCAAGAAAGUGUGCAAGGCUGUGAUGAAGGAGCUGCAGAAGAAGUUCGGCAGUAGGCGAGUGCUGGAGACUCUAAUGUUAUUGGAGGAUCCAGUUGUGGAAGCAGAGGUUGUCCGAUGUUUACAAGCUCACAUCAAAGACCUGUCUGCUCGCCUUGCAAAGAAAGCUGCAAACUCCGGAAAGUGGUGGAUUGACAUGCUCAAGGUCAUGGCCAUCACUGCAGGUUUUCUGGCCGCGUUGGUUUUAUUGAUCCUCAUCCCAUAAAGCAGCACACCAACAGCUGCAGGUUUAUGACCUGCAAAGAUGCAGUAAAAAGUCACUAAACCAUCAGUCCGGGCUGACUUCUGUCGACUGGAUGCUACAGCAAGAGCUUGACCGUCCGCCGCCAUCCUGCACAUAAAAUGGAAGACUCAAAGGCUUCAUCCAUAAGUUUAAAAGACAUUAAAGAAUUUGUAUGGACAAAGAUGGCAUUCUGAAUGUUGAAAAUAAAAUAAAAUAUAAGGUGCAGUGAACUGCAUGUGUAAAAACAUAUAAAAUGUCUAUUAAC